AUGUUCAUUGCUCGCUCCGAAUAUGAUCGCGGCAUCAACACCUUCUCGCCCGAAGGCCGUCUCUUCCAAGUAGAAUACUCGCUCGAGGCCAUCAAGCUCGGCUCCACUGCCAUCGGUGUACGUCCUACCGCUACAUAUCCGAUCGCAUCCUCAGUCUCUGACCCACGCACAGNNGUCGCAACCUCCGAAGGUGUCAUCCUUGGUGUCGAGAAGCGCGUCACUUCCACGCUGCUCGAAACCAGCUCCGUCGAGAAGAUUGUCGAGAUUGACAGACACAUCGGUGCCGCCAUGUCUGGUCUGCAAGCCGACGCCCGCAGCAUGAUCGAGCACGCCAGAAUCACAAGCCAAAGCCACGCCUUCAACUACGCCGAACCUCUGUCCGUCGAGAGCUGCACCCAGGCCAUCUGCGACCUGGCCCUGAGAUUCGGCGAGGGUGCCGAGGGUGAGGAGAGUNACCACGCCGAGCCCUCGGGCACUUUCUACCGCUACGACGCAAAGGCCAUUGGAUCAGGUUCAGAGGGUGCACAGGCCGAGCUACAGAACGAGUUCCACAAGUCAUUGACACUGGCAGAGGCCGAGGUGCUGGUGCUCAAAACGCUGAAGCAGGUCAUGGAGGAGAAGCUGGACUCAAAGAACGUGCAGCUGGCCAGCGUCACCAAGGACAAGGGCUUCAGGAUAUACGGCGACGACGAGAUGGCCUCGGUCGUGUCCAGACUCGAGGCCAACUAG